AUGCAGCACUAUGGAGUGAACGGCUACUCUCUCCACGCGAUGAACUCCCUGAGCGCCAUGUACAACCUGCACCAGCAGGCCGCGCAACAGGCGCAGCACGCGCCAGACUACCGACCUUCAGUGCACGCGCUCACCCUCGCCGAGAGACUGGCUGGUAAUUGAGUCCAACAAACAAACUUUUACACACACAAGGUAUCACCUUUGAUGAUCACUUACUGCCAUAUCCCCCCUAUUCCCCUGUCCAAUUAAUUAAACUUGCCGAGUCUCUUCUCUUCCAACGGCUACACAUUUCAAGACAUCAUCCUGGAGGCUCGCUACGGAUCCCAGCACCGCAAACAGCGCCGGAGCCGCACCGCGUUCACCGCACAGCAGCUCGAGGCACUGGAGAAGACCUUCCAGAAGACCCACUACCCCGACGUGGUGAUGCGCGAGCGCCUGGCCAUGUGCACUAACCUCCCGGAGGCCCGCGUGCAGGUAUGGAAGGCACAGUCACUACAGAAUUAACAUUCAGAAUCCAUGGCACCUAUAGAUUGAAAUACAAACAAUAUUGAUUAAUUGUAUCUGAAUUAUAAUUCAUGAAAUAUAUUUAACACUGGGUAAACAAUCCAGAAAAAAUGACUUUAGUCAUUUGCAAUUCUUCUUUGCUUUUCUUAAAGAAGAAGUUCUCAAAAGACAAACAGUAGACAGGCCUAUACCAAAGUAACACACAUGUACAUCCACAACGACUUGCCUUCAUCUCAAGCACCUUGAGCAUGCUUCUGACUGUCUCCCAAUCUGGCAACCUUUCAAACAGGUGUGGUUCAAGAACCGCCGGGCCAAGUUCCGCAAGAAACAGCGUAGCCUGCAGAAGGAACAGCUCCAGAAACAGAAGGAGGCCAACCAAGAGGGAGGUGACAAGGAGGAGGCUCCUACCACCAUCACUCCAGAGAACCAGCUCCCCCCAUCCUCUUCCUCCUCUUCCUCCUUGGAGGUUGAGGGUCCGCCCCGUCUGUUGGUGUCGGAAAUUAGCGUGGAGUUGAACGUGACCUCGGCAGAGCAGUCAGGCAGCGAGUCGGCCACAGAGGACAACAACACCGAUAAGGAGGAGGAGUCUAACCCACAGAGGGAGGAGUUAAAGAGUGAAAGGGCGGUGACACCCGGCAACGUCUCUCCACCCUGCAAACGGCUUAGCCCCAAACCUGGUAAGGACAAGCUCUUAUGACUGGCACUUGUACAUCUCUAAUAUAUUGUAGCUUCAUUGGUGGGGGGGGGGGGGGGGGGGCAUUAGUAAACAGACAACGUUAAUCAGAGCAUUCCUUUAGGAAUGUCAAUAAAGAGUAAACAUAUGAAAUGCUCACGUUGUCACCCAACAUCAGUUCGUUUCAGUCAUACAGGCAAAUGAAAAGGUGGCACAACAGCUUGGCCGGUUCUGUCAGUUCUACAUACAGUGCUAUGAAAAUGUAUUUGCCCCCUUUCUAAUUUUCUCUACUUUUGCAUAUUUGUGAUACUGAAUGUUAUCAGAUCUUCAACCAAAACCUAAUAUUAGAUAAAGGGAACAUAAGUGAACAAAUAAACAACAAUUACAUAUUUAUUUCAUAAACAAAGUUAUGCAACACCCAAUUCCCAUGUGUGAAAAAGUAAUUGCCCCCUUACACUCAAUAACUGGUUGUGCCACCUUUAGCUGCAAUUACUCCAACCAAAUGCUUCCUGUAGUUGUUGAUCAGUCUCUCAUGUCGCUGUGGAGGAAUUUUGGCCCACUCUUCCAUGCAGAACUGCUUUAACUCAGUGACGUGUGGGUUUUCAAGCAUGAACUGCUCGUUUUCAAGUCCUGCCACAACAUCUCAAUUGGGAUUAGGUCUGGACUUUGACUAGGCCAUUCCAAAACUUCCAAUUUGUUGCUUUUGAGCAAUUUUCAUGUAGACUCGAUUGUGUGUUUUGGAUCAUUGUCUUGCUGCAUGACCCAGCUGCGCUUCAGCUUCAGCUUCAGCUCACAGACGGAUGGUCUGACAUUCUCCUGUAGAAUUCUCUGAUACAGAGCAGAAUUCAUGGUUCCUUCUAUUAAGGCAAGUCGUCCAGGUCCUGAGGCAGCAAAGCAUCCCCAAACCAUCACACCACCACCACCAUGCUUGAUCUUUGGUAUGAUGUUCUUACUGUGGAAUGCAGUGUUUGGUUUUCGCCAGGCAUAAUGGGACCCAUCUCGUCCAAAAAGUUGACUCAAGUUUGCCAAAAAGCACCUGGAUGAUCAUCAAGACUCUUGGAAGAACGUUCUAUGGACAGAUGAUUCAAAAGUAUAACUUUUUGGACGACAUGGUUACAGUAAUGCCUGGCGAAAACCAAACUCUGCAUUCCACAGUAAGAACAUCAUACCAAAGGUCAAGCAUGGUGGUGGUGGUGUGAUGGUUUGGGGAUGCUUUGCUGCCUCAGGACCUGGACGACUUGCCUUAAUAGAAGGAACCAUGAAUUCUGCUCUGUAUCAGAGAAUUCUACAGGAGAAUGUCAGACCAUCCAUCUGUGAGCUGAAGCUGAAGCGCAGCUGGGUCAUGCAGCAAGACAAUGAUCCAAAACACACAAUCAAGUCUACAUGAAAAUUGCUAAAAAGCAACAAAUUGGAAGUUUUGGAAUGGCCUAGUCAAAGUCCAGACCUAAUCCCAAUUGAGAUGUUGUGGCAGGACUUGAAACGAGCAGUUCAUGCUUGAAAACCCACACGUCACUGUUAAAGCAGUUCUGCAUGGAAGAGUGGGCCAAAAUUCCUCCACAGUGACGUGAGAGACUGAUCAACAACUACAGGAAGCAUUUGGUUGGAGUCAUUGCAGCUAAAGGUGGCACAACGAGUUAUUGAGUGUAAGGGGGCAAUUACUUUUUCACACAGGGGAAUUGGGUGUUGCAUAACUUUGUUUAUGAAAUAAAUAUGUAAUUGUUGUGUUAUUUGUUCACUUAUGUUCCCUUUAUCUAAUAUUAGGUUUUGGUUGAAGAUCUGAUAAUUCAGUAUCACAAAUAUGCAAAAGUAGAGAAAAUUAGAAAGGGGGCAAAUACUUUUUCAUAACACUGUAUGUCUGCCUCCCUGCCUACCAGUGAAACUUAGUUUAAUGUUAUUGACUCUUAUCUGUUUUUUCCCUUACCCAGAAUCCCCCAUGGUCUCCCGGUCUGUGACGCCCUCGUCCAGUGGUGUCAGCAGUGGGAUCUCCCAGAGCCACACCUACUCCUCCUCCCCGCUCAGCCUCUUCUGCCUGCAGGAGCAGUUCCGCCAGCACAUGGCUGCCACCAACAACAUGGUGCACUACCCUUCCUUCGACAUGGGCACCCCCCCCUCUCUGCCCUACCUGGGUAUGAAUGUCAACAUGUCUUCGGCCCCGCUGGGCUCCCUGCCCUGCCAGUCAUACUACCAGUCCCUGUCCCACCACGCGGCCCAGCAGGUGUGGAACAGUCCCCUGCUCCAGGCCUCCGGAGGCCUCCCCAGCCAAAACAGCAAGACCACCAGCAUCGAGAACCUCCGGAUGCGGGCCAAGCAGCAUGCGGCCUCCCUGGGACUGGACACGUUGCCCAACUAA